GGCCAGGACCACAACUCACCUGAGCCCGCGGAAACCCGACCCGAGAGUAGCCCCCGGACUCGCCCAGCGCGAGGCGGGAGGCGCCCCCGGCGGGCCCCACACCUUCCGUCCGUCCGUCCCGGCGCGGUCGCCAUGACCUGGAGUGCCACGACCCCGGGCGCCCACCAGCCCGACAACACCGCGUUCACUCAGCAGCGCCUCCCCGCCUGGCAGCCGCUGCUGUCGGCCGGCAUCACGCUGCCGCUGUUCUUCUGCGUGGGCCUCGCCUUCAUCGGCCUGGGCCUGGGCCUCUUCUACUCCUCCAAUGGCAUCAAGGAGCUGGACUACGACUACACGGGCGACGCCGGCACCGGCAACUGCUCGCUGUGCGCCCUGGCCGACCAGGACCGCGCGCCGCCGCGCAACUGUUCGUGCGCCUGGUACUUCUCGCUGCCCGAGCUCUUCCAGGGCCCCGUGUACCUCUACUACGAGCUCACCAACUUUUACCAGAACAACCGGCGCUACGGCGUGUCCCGCGACGACUCGCAGCUCAGCGGGCUGCCCAGCUCCCUGCGCCACCCAGUCAAUGAGUGCGCCCCCUACCAGUACAGCGCGGCCGGCCGGCCCAUCGCGCCCUGCGGCGCCAUCGCCAACAGCCUUUUCAACGACUCCUUCACGCUGUGGCACCAGCGCCCGGCUGGCGGGCCUUACGUCGAGGUGCCGCUCGACCGCACCGGCAUCGCCUGGUGGACCGACUACCACGUCAAAUUCCACAACCCGCCGCUGGUGAACGGCAGCCUGGCACUGGCCUUCCGCGGCACCGCGCAGCCGCCCAACUGGCCCCAGCCGGUCUACAAGCUCAGCUCCGACCCCAACAACACCGGCUUCAUCAACCAGGACUUCGUGGUGUGGAUGCGCACGGCGGCGCUGCCCACGUUCCGCAAGCUGUACGCGCGCAUCCGCCAGGGCAACUACUCCACCGGGCUGCCCCGCGGCGCCUACCGGGUCAACAUCACCUACAACUACCCGGUGCGCGCCUUCGGCGGCCACAAGCGCAUUAUCUUCACCAGCAUCUCGUGGAUGGGCGGCAAGAACCCCUUCCUGGGCAUCGCCUACCUGGUGGUCGGCUCCCUCUGCAUCCUCACGGGCUUUGUCAUGCUGGUGGUCUACAUUCGCUACCAGGACCAGAACGACGAGGACGAGGACGAGGAGUGAUUCCUGCUUUCAAGGCAUCCUUCCUCCAUGCCUAAACGCUCCUGCAAGCUACUCUGGCUACUCUCCCUCGCCCCUCACCCCAUUCCAACCUCACCUCGCUUUCCCUCCUGUUGUGGGUGAGGGGACCAGAGAGAGGGAUGAUACCCAAUUGGGGGCUACCAGACUCUUGCUGGGGAGCUUGGGCUGCAGAGUGACACAACCUUGCAAAUUCUCCCCACCUCCGUCGUGAUUUACCUAGUUGACAGGUUAGGUUAUUAAAGUCCUUAGCAUUCGAGAACUGGAAGGGGCAGUGGAGACUCCUAUUUAACUCUUAUCUGAUGAAGAGAUUGAAACCUACCGGUAGAGAUAUUAAAUAACUCAUUCAACAUCAGGCAACUCAUCGUUGGCUUCUGACUGACUCUAGAGCUUUUACUACUACACGAUAGUGGGUUGUUUUCUUUUCUUUUUUUCUUUUUCUUUUUUUGGUUGUGGUGGUGAGGGCGGGUAGAGAGUGGAGCCUACAAAUCACCUGCAGAGGUAUGGAGGGGUGGGGCAGGACAUUCUUGUUUAAAAUGUAGAUAGAUUAGGAGACACCAUCCCCCGAGAUUCUGACACAGUAAGGCUGGUUUGAGACCCUUGAAGCUGCGUUUUAACAAGCCCAUCUGGAGAUUCCUCCUAUAUUCCUUCAAAUUUGGAGGAAUUUCACUGCCCUGUACCAGUGAAGAAGUAGAAUACUGGAUUUUUCCCUGUUUCCUCCUAUGUCUGAGGUUGGGCCUGAAGCAAUCACCUCAGUCCAGUUUUUCAGGUAGUCAUUUGUUCCCAGGGUCAGUGACAAUGCUGCAGGUUUGAUCCAGCGCAUUCUACCUUGAACAUGGGAGGGAAUGUUUUAACCUUAGAAUUAAAUAGCUGGAAGGGAUCUUAGAGUGAAAGUGCUUUCCCUACGUCAGACCUGUCUCCUGACUCCUGACCUAGUCCUCUGUCAUCUAAAUUCGUUUCUAUGCUUAGAGAGAAAGGACUACAUUCAUACCUUUUUCUUAGGUCUAGAAAAAGCUUUUUAAUCUAUGUUCUCAAGUGAAGAAUGUUUGUUUUUAGUAAUUACGUUUAAAUGCAUGCUAAGGAGUAGUCUUAUAUGUAAAGUAGAACUUAAGAAUCAUUUGAACAUUUGAGAUAAUGUUAACUAACUACUCUAAAAUCAUUCUAAUAUAUACAAAGUUACUCUAAGAAGUAAUAGAAUUUUUAAAAAAAAUCUUUUAUGGCUAAGGAACUUUAAAAAAAUCCUUAGUGAUACCAUCUUAACCAGUUGAUUUGCUGAAAGCAAACAGUUCUAUGGUAUUCUGUCAGACAGAAUUACAGCUACUUUCUAGUUACUACUGUUUUUUGCUCAGGACUGUAAGGCAGUGCAAGACCUUGAAGUAUUUUUGUAAUAAUCAAAGAAAUACUGAAUUGUAUUGAGUAAUUUACAUUUAUUUUAGUCUACUCUAGUUCUUUGAAAAUUAAUGAUCGAUGGAUGGCGUGCAUGUUCAUUAUACCUGAUCUAUCUUCUGGAAUGUUGUAAUUUAAGAGGUUCUGUUCCACUAUUUACAUAAACUAAAAAAUAUUUUAGCAUUUCCAAUAUGUUGGCUUCCUAACUCCUGAAGGUGACACAAUUUUAUUAUCAGAUUGCAUACCGUGAUUUUAGGCUAGCAUUAUAUGUACAUAGAGUAAUUUUUAUUUAUUAUGAAUGAUCAAGCAGCUCACUAGCCUAAACCUCCUUUAUGUUACAUAAGAGAAUUUAUUACAAUUUUUUCCUAUGUAGUAAAGAGCAACCAUGUAUUUUGCUGUCACUUGUACAAUAUUCAGUCUAUUGCUAUAAAAUUUUAAGUGUACUACAAAAUUUAAGAUAUUCUGAUUGAAUCAAUGAGUAAAUUUCCAGGCCCUAUGCUCUGGGUUUUUGAAAGAGAAUAAAGGUUAUGUUUGUUUUACCUUUGUUAUCGCAUUUACUUAAUUCUUUUGAACUAUGAUCUUAAAGGCACAAACAGUACCAACCUCUUUGCUCAUUUGUUAUUAGCAAAUUUAUAUUGUAGCAAGAAACUCAUCUUUUAGAAUAAGGCUCCAAGUGAUCUCAAUCUUUCAUUGCUAACUUCCUAAAAAAUGUGAACUUCGAUUAACAUGUGAAUUAGAUGAUAUUCAAUUAUUGUUUGAAUAUGGUAAAAGGUAGUCAAUUU